GAGAAAGGGAGAUUUAGAGGACAGCAGGGGAGGGAGGAGACAGAGACGGGGCUUUGCUUCUGCUUCUUUUUCGACCUUCCAUCUAGGAGCUUCUCGGUUCUUUGAAAGUCAAAUGUUUUGGACAAAUAGAAACCCAUGUUUCUCGGUGUUGGACCGGCAUGGAAUCCUAAUGGUCAACGUAGAGCGAGAGCUCACAUUUCGCUAGUUGUCAAGAUUUCCUGCAUGAGUAUCUCGUGGGAUCUCGCCAAAAACAGCGGCGAUCCAGUCACUGCAUGACUCAAGACAGAAGUCGGCAGUUAUGCUUAAUCGUUUAAAUCGUCGUCAAUAUAUAGUCAGAGCAAAUGAAACAGCCACAUGGCGGGAAGGUCUAAAUCCAAGGCUUCCUUUUCUUUCUUUCCUGCAUUUCUUUUGGUUUCAGAGUGGAAUUCGCCAAUUCAAGCCACUCGAUACGCUCGAUGCUGGGAUGAUACUUUUGGUUUGUUGGCUCAAUUCCUCCAGCCCCAACGCACGUAUGAAGCAGAACAAGGAUUAAACAAGCGAAGCCACCCAGAACCUCGCGCGGGUUCGGGUGGAAAAUCCGUGUGCUUGAUGGAGUUUCCUGCAACAUGCUUCAUGCUACACUGCACGCACACGCUACCUGCAUAUUUGUUCUCCACCGACGUGGCAAGAGCUGGAUGAUAGGGGCGUGAGAAGAGAGAGAGAUAAGAAUGGGGGAAACCUGUCAGUGGAAUGCAGACAGCCGUAAAUCUUUCCUCGAGUGCUAGAUAAAAAAAGAUAAAUACGGGCACAACUUCUUGGUGAGGCCCGUAUAAACCCACUGGCGCAUCAGGGAACCUGCCGAAAUAAACCUUCGUAUUGCCUAUGGUUUCGAGAAACAAAAAUAGAAAGUAAACGGAAGCGAGUCCUAUCGACUAUCCGGUAAACACACAAAAGCCUCUUAAGCGCAAGACUUGGGUUGGGAAGAGAUGCACCAUUUGGCAGCAUACAACGAAUACGCUUGCUUAGGUCACUGAAGAUCAUUUCUUGUGAGUUCCUCGGAUGUUUCAGCCGCGCAAGGCUAACACAGAUGAUAUGCGCAACGGCGGGCGCAUCCUUUGCUUCUCGAGUAAAUGCUAACGAGGAAAGAAGCCGAAUAUGUAUUAUGUGCAUAAGCCAGCAAGUAGUGUGUGUGUUGAAUAAGGCCAAAGGAAUAGUAUACUCCUCCCCUGCGGUUGCCGACAGCCAAUGCAUGGUCAAAUCAUAAAUAUACUUGGACAUCUGAAGGUGUACCAAGGACAGGCAUCUUUGCGAACGAGCCAGCCCCCCCCAAAGCGUCGUCUCCACCAGGUCUUGUCCAUCCGCAUCUCCCCCCACACGGUAUAUGGAGUAGUAUGCACGCGAGGGUGAGAGAUCGUGUAAUGUGGCCGUGAGAGUGUAGUGACUGGUUGGGAACAAAAUGGGCCUUUUUCUGCGGCGAAUGCGGAUAGGAUAAUCAACAUUAUCAUGACCGAUAGAACUCUCCUCCCAUCAUAGAAUGAGAAAGAGCAUUCAUAGCGGAAAACCCGGUAAAUAGGAAAAAUAAAUGGGGUAAAUUGCCGAAGGCAGCAUGCUGAGUGAUCAACCUUAAUGCUCGGAUUUGCAUGGCGAGGCGUUUUGGCGACUCUGCAGGAGAAACGUCUUUCUAGCCCUUCGCAAGGCCCAUGAGAUUCAGCACUGGGAUUCUUCUGGUGCGGAGGAAGAAGAUUUUGGCGUGUAAGGCAGAACUCGAAGUCAACCAGGGCCAUCUCUUGGCCCAAGUGGGCAGGGAGGAAGAAUUAGAAUACGGAGGAAAAGAGAACCUAAAUCGGUUGAAGCCGCAGCGAAGAGUUUAAGAAAGUGCCUGAACAUCUGCGAUGCUCCCCCUUGAACGAGAUGAACCGAGGCGCUCCAGGAAUGAGCUUGACAUUUGCCCUCGAAUCAUGGUGGCCAAUGUGUUGGUAUAGCGCCGAUUAUU